GUCCUCGACAAGCCCCGCCCCCCUCAGCGCCCAGCAGGCAAUAAAUGCAGCUUUGUGCUCUCAGCUCGGCCUUCUCAAUCAGUCCAAUUACUGUUUGGAGCCUUCGGAAGCUGUCUGUCCCCUCUGUUGCCGUCGUUGUUUGACAAAACUCUCAAGAUGACUCACCAGUUCCCAGCCCUGAGUCCAGAGCAGAAGAAGGAGCUCUCUGACAUUGCUCAGAGGAUCGUCGCUCCAGGAAAGGGAAUCCUGGCUGCUGAUGAAUCAACAGGAACCAUGGGAAAGCGUUUCCAGAACAUCAACGUGGAGAACAUCGAGGAGAACCGUCGCUGCUUCCGCGACAUCCUCUUCUCCACCGACGCCUCCAUCGCCAACUGCGUGGGCGGGAUCAUCUUCUUCCACGAGACGCUCUACCAGAAAUCAAGCAACGGCAAACUCUUCCCCCAGGUCGUUAAGGAGAAGGGCAUUGUCGUCGGCAUCAAGGUUGACAAAGGCACAGCUCCUCUGAUGGGCACAGAUAAAGAGACCACCACACAAGGUCUUGAUGGCCUGUCUGAGCGCUGCGCCCAGUACAAGAAGGACGGCUGUGAUUUCGCCAAGUGGAGGUGUGUCCUCAAGAUCUCGGACGGCUGCCCGUCGGCUCUCGCCAUCGCAGAGAACGCCAAUGUCCUUGCCAGAUACGCCAGCAUCUGCCAGAUGAACGGCCUGGUGCCUAUUGUUGAGCCAGAGAUCCUGCCUGAUGGAGACCAUGACCUGCAGCGCUGCCAGUAUGCCACAGAAAAGGUUCUGGCCGCUGUCUACAAGGCUCUGUCCGACCACCACGUUUACCUGGAGGGUACUCUGCUGAAGCCCAACAUGGUCACUCCUGGACACUCCUGCCCUAAGAAGUUCACCCCUCAGGAGGUUGCCAUGGCCACAGUGACCGCUUUGAGGCGCACUGUCCCUGCGUCUGUGCCAGGCAUCUGCUUCCUGUCCGGAGGCCAGAGUGAGGAGGAGGCCUCCAUCCACCUGAACGCCAUCAACCAGGUGCCCCUCCAUCGCCCCUGGAAGCUGACCUUCUCUUACGGCCGUGCGCUGCAGGCCUCUGCUCUUGCAGCCUGGCAGGGCAAAGAUGCCAACAAGGCAGCUACACAGCAAGCUUUCGUCACCAGGGCCAAGAUCAAUGGCCUGGCUUCCAAAGGCGAGUACAAGCCCUCUGGCACGGCUGACCAGGCCUCCCAGCAGUCUCUGUACACUGCCAGCUACGUUUAUUAAAUACUGUAAAUACAUCAACGUUGAAGGGGAAAAAAAACAAAACAGUACAUGGACCAAAUGUGACUACGACCAAAACCCUCAGCUGGAUUUCCCUCUUCCCCAGACUACCAACAGCAGGGGGAGACAUGUUCAAUGUUAAACUACUGUUUGUCUACUCAGUGAAAUGACUGGAAAUAAAUUAAGUGACCAAAGUGA